UGGGUAGCCCUAAAACACUAGCAGAGCUCCCUGUCACUUUUUUAGGAUAAACAGAGAUGCAAGUUUGCGAGCUAAUUUAGCGAAACUGCGUAUUACAGUUAUUGUACGUUGUGUUGUAACUUGUGUAUUAGCUGUAGCCGGGUCUCAGAACACAAGGUGGCUAACGGCUAACGUCAUAAGGACGAAGAUAGGCGCAGCUGUGCGAGAGGAGGGAGGGACCCUGCCUGCCACCUAACGCUGCCGUUGGUGCGUGUGCUAACCAGCCCAGCGAGCUUUCUCGACUCUCCCAUUCACCUUCAGCAGCACCCACAAGAAGUAGUUGUCCUGUCAAGGGUGGGGUGAUGCCUUAAAGCUCUGUGUUCAUCAUCUCUGGUCUGCUGAAUUUCCAAGAAUGAAAAGGCAUUGCGCGAUGCGAGCCGACAUCACUUCUCUAGUCUUGGGAGGAUGGAGUGGUUGCAGUGGGCUAGCAAGUCCUGUUUUUUCAUUAACAUGUGCUUAAUGCAAAUGUAGGUAAGGAUUGGGAAGAUGAGAACCUUAUGAAGAACAAAGCUUUGAGUACAAACUGGACUCUCUGAGAAGUGGAAGCCUCAUCCUGGAUUUUAUUCAACACAUACAUAAUCCUGUUGAAGACCCUUUCCCCCCUUUUUCACCACCUUUAACCACUUUUUACGUUCAUGUCUCCAUCUCCGUCUCUUAGUGGUAGUACAGAAGUAUUGAUCCAAGGUAGUUGGCCCCGUUUUUGUUUUUAUUUUUUACUUUCACCUUUUGUUCCUUUCUAAAGAAAUGCUUUACCUGAAAAAGUACUUCACAGAGGGCCUGAUUCAGUUCACCAUCCUUCUGAGUCUCAUUGGGGUGCGGGUGGACGUUGACACCUAUCUAAGCAAUCAGCUGCCCCCACUGAGAGAGAUCAUCCUGGGGCCUAGCUCAGCCUACACCCAGACACAGUUUCACAACCUGCGCAACACGCUGGACGGCUAUGGCAUCCAUCCAAAGAGUGUGGACCUCGACCACUUCUUCACCACUCGACGGCUGCUAAACCAGGUGCGCCAGCUGGAUCGCCUCUUCGUGCCCAGUACCGAGCUCAACACCUGGCUAGUGCAUCGUGACUCUGAGACUGUGGUGUCUGCCAGCAGCCAGUCCAGCCCCAGCAUCACCCUGGACAAUGGGGCCGGCCUAGACGACGUUAACAGCCCUGACGCUACCCCGGCCAUGAGGGGAGGAAGUGGAGCGCCUGAAUCCACGUACAACCUGAACGCAGCGGACAGCAGCCUGGGAGCCGUGGCCCCCGAGGGCAACCAGGAGCAGGGCAACAGGGAUGGCAACGACGACCUCACCAAAGAGGACAUUGACUUGAUUGACAUCCUAUGGCGACAGGACAUCGACCUUGGUGCAGGAAGAGAAGUGUUCAACUACAGCAACCGUCAGAAGGAGAGCGAGGAGGAGAAGCCCAGCCCACAGGAGAACAAAGACAGGAACGAGGAGCAGGAGAGCUGGAGAAAUGGCAUAAACCUACAAGGAGCUCAGCCGGUGGACGGCGAGACCGGAGAGAGCAUCCCAGAGCAGCUCCCAGGACUCGGCUCACAGACUUCACUGUCUCUACAAGAAUGCCUGAGGCUGCUGGAGGCCACGUUCCCUUUUGGGGAAGAAACUGAGUUCCCAGCACCAGUUGUCACCCCAGAAAUAGCAGUUUCCAAUGAAGAAGUUCCUUCCACAUCUCAGGGCCUCCCUCUGCCGCAGCAGCUGCCCUCAGCGGAGCCACAGUUAGACCUGGAGCAGCAGUGGCAGGACAUCAUGGCCAUCAUGGAGCUACAAGCAAUGGAAGUGAACAACACUUCCCUCCAGACCACUUCCAGCAGCGUAAAUGCCACAAGCGGGACGACCGACUCAAACACUGCUGGAAACUUUGGACUUUCUACACGUCCGACUCCAAUAAACCAGGAUGUCAGCCUUCACCAGGCCUCCAUGCCCAGCUGCAGUCAGGACUUCCCCCAGAUUUUCAACCCCCAGCUGGAGUCCGUCAGCAUCACCCCAAGAACCACCAUGCUCAGACUUUCCUCCAGCAACUCCACCAACGUCAACUCCACGUUUGGAGCCACUAACCUGACGGGGAUCUUUCUCCCACCACACAUAAACAGCUCCAGUAACAACGUCACAUCCACACCUAUCCUGCCCGAUCCAUUCAGCACCCUGCUGGAGGAGUCGAUGCUUGAUGAAAUCAGCCUGCUGGACCUCGCCAUGGAGGAGGGCUUCAGCCAGGCCCAGGCUUCCCAGCUGGAGGAUGAGCUUGACUCAGAUUCUGGUCUUUCCCUGGACUCCAGCCACAGCCCGGCCUCCCCCAGCAGCUCUGAGACGUCCUGCUCGUCUGCAGCUUCUUCCUCCUCAACGUCUGCCACCUUCUCAGAGGAAGGAGCUGUCGGCUACAGCACCGACUCUGAGGUGGCCACGGUGGAGACGGAGGAAGGAGCCGUUGGAGGUUACCAGCCCGGCUACAGCAAACUCUGCCGCAUGAGCUAUCAGGACCCCUCUCAGUUCCACAGCCUCCCUCAGCUGGACAGCAUCAGCCACAAUCACACCUACAACCUGCCGCUUUCCUCUGCCUUCUCCGAGCACCCAGAGCUCCCGCUGUCAUCUGGGAAAAAGACAGUCCGCGACAAACAGAACUCAAAGCUUCAGCCUCCUCAGGACUUGCUCGACAAGCACUCAAGUCGUGACGAGCGCCGCGCCCGAGCCAUGAAAAUCCCCUUCUCCAACGAAAAGAUCAUCAAUCUGCCUGUGGAAGAGUUCAACGAGCUUCUGGCCAAGCACCACCUGAGUGAAGCUCAGCUCGCCCUCAUCCGAGACAUCCGCAGGCGCGGCAAGAACAAGAUGGCGGCCCAGAACUGCCGCAAGCGCAAGCUGGACACUAUCAUCAACCUGGAGCAGGGCGUCCAAGACCUGCGGCGCGACAAGGCCCGUCUGCUGAAGGAGAAGAUGGAGUUCAUCCGCUCCAUCCGGCAGAUGAAGCAGAAGAUGCAGAGUCUGUACCAGGAGGUGUUCACUCAGCUGAGGGACGAGGAGGGCCGGCCCUAUCCUCCCAGCGAGUACUCGCUGCAGUACAGCGCCGACGGCAGCGUGCUGAUCAUGCCCCGCGGCCUGACGACUGCCGAGCAGAACCGUAAGCCCGAGAAAAAACAAAAAGACAAAAAGAAGUGAGCGGGGCAGACUGCUGUUUAUUCUAUCACUUUGCUAAAUCAAUAAGAAAGAUUUCUGCAGAUGCGAGAGAGAUGUCCUUUUUUCCUUUAAGAAGAUUCUGGUGAGUAGAGAAACGGCGUUGUUGACGACUCUUCCUGCAUUAAUUUCUCCCUUUUCAUUCUGUUCCUACAUUAUUUUUUCCUGGAAACAACUUUGAAGCAGAAGUAGCUCUUCGUUUGAGUACUGAUAUUUCAUUAUUUAGACGAGGAGAAGGAGGGAUAUAAAAGGACAUAAAAUGAGCUAUUAGAAAAAAAUUUAGCUGCUCUUGAUCCUUUUGCACCAAACCACUGAGGAUGGAGAAGAUUUGUAGGGUAAAAGAAGGGACAUGUGUCGAGGAAAGUGGGAGUAAAAGAACGCUGUCAACAAGGAUGGUUGGAAUACCUAUGCACCGAGGGUUUUAAAGGACUAUCAGAUCACACCCCACCCUGGAGACUUUUAGUGAUUUUCAGUCACUGUGGCUUUUAAGUUGCAAAUCUUCAGGCAAAGAUGGUUGUGAGAGUUUAGAAACCAAAGGCUAAAGGAAGCCCAUAAUUUUAGGAUGCCAUUAACACCUAUACUAACCAAAGGUUGUAUGGUGCACAUCACGUGAUCUGUAUACAUCUUAAAUGCUCAAACACUGCACUCUAAUUCUGUAGGUUUGUACUGCAAAUUUCUGUGUGGGUGGCGUCUAAGUUUAGAAGGCCCUAAAUAGAUCGGGUUUGAUGUGUGGAAGCGGGAUGUUGAGACGAGAGGAGUCAGAGGCGGAGCGUUCCCGGGCUGGCCAGCGCUAAAACAGGCCUGGAGGUGAAGUCCUGCAAGAGGAGCCGAUGGAUGUUAUAGGGAGGAGGCACACUGCAUUGCAAAAUGUAUCAACUUCCUUAUAAAUUAUACAUAGCACUGUAAUUUGUCUUUAAAAGGCUUGGCUGUAUGCAUUUUGCCGUGUCCGUCGCUAUUCCUUCGCUGCAGGUUUAAAUACGGGAGCUGCGUUUAGGAAGGCUCUUAUUAACUGUUCAUAAUCUGUAGUAUAAGCAAAGGUUAUAGGUCUAGCCACAUCAGCUUUAUGUAAAAGUCUACACCCUCUCUGUUGGUUUGAAAACUCUAGCGCGGAGCCUGCAAUCACAAGAGGAAUUGACGAUGCUGUGGCGGGCCAGGAGCUCCGGAGAGGCCGUCACAGAUCAAAGGUAUGGAUUGUUUGUUAGCUUUUAUCCUCCUGGACGCCCCGUUCUAAGCAUUAACGUGAAGCAGGCUCAGUCGACGCUGCGGUGUAGCGACAUCCCUUUUAAAUAUUUGCCAACGUUACCCAGCUGAAAGCCACUUUAGGCGAUUUUUUUUAAACUGCUGUAAAGCCGAGCUGUUGGCUUGGCGUCCUGUUUUUAAGAUUUGUGUUGAUGACAAAGUGAGCCACGUCGUUACGUGAGGUUCAAAAGAUGCUCGAAUGUGUGAAAUGACAGCGUGUGCUGUGGCCACUUUGAUUUGAAUGCCUUUAUUUAACGAUCUUUAUCUUCACUUUUAAGGGUUUUGAGAAGCGGAGAGACGCGUUCUCAAAGUAGAAGUGCUAUUACUUGUCUAUUUGAAUGAAGUUUGUCAGUACAUGUGUUAUAUCACCCUCUUUAAGAAAAAAAAUAGGUCAGUCGUUGCAGCCGAGAUAGCAGUUAGGUUAGAAUAUUUACAAGAGGCUGAACAGAACUCGCAACAUUAAGAUGAUGUCCAAAAAACAGUUUUGAAAGGAGAAGUGUCCUCAUUAAAUGUGAUAUUCAGGCAUGAAACUCUGGUUAACAUUCACUUCAGUGUAACCCAGUGCAGCACCAACUAUUUAGUACUGCUACUACUUAGUGCACUUUUUCUUUGUCCGUCUUUGUUCUGUAAAUAUUUUCAUGUUUGUUUUCGUCAUGAUUUCUGUAGUUCGUCAGAUGUCUCCAUAACGGUCUCACCCUCUGCUUUGAGUUUGGAUGUAGUUCCCUCUGUUUUGAGAUAUUUGCUGGCAAUCAAGAAUUGUUUUUAUUGAUUAAUAAAGUGUUUUUAUUUUCA